AUGAGCGUCUCCCGGCCGGCACGAUGUCUCUUUGCUAGAGCAUCAUCCGCCAUCCCUACUGCUGCUCAGCCCUCCCCAAUGCUGGGCCGGCUUUUCUCCACGACGGCCGCACAAUGCACGCGACGACGAGUUAAGGUCGGAAGCCUCAAGGCCUCUGAGAUGGGCAACCUUGUGAAAGAGCCCGCCCCGGUCACCAGCAACCUGUAUAAGCCCUACACCAAGGCCGAGAAGGCUGCAUUGGCGAAGCGCUACACUCCCGAACAGAUUCGCGCAAUUGAGGCUGGAGAAGAGGCCGUUGACACCGAGGAUCUGGCCACGCAAGGCACGAUACGCAACGAUCCAUUUGGCCUAAGAUAUGUGGACGACCUGAGUCACCGACAUGCCGUGGUGGACAAGCCAGUGCGCAACCCCGAGAGCAACUACGAUCCGAAAAUGCGGCUCAAGACCGAGCGCGAGUUUGGAGAGGACGUGACGCAAUGGUUUAAAGACCUGCCCGAGGAGCCUGACAAGGCAGACUGGCUCAAAUUCAAGGACAAUGUCCGCCACUACGUCGGCAAGGAGGAGGCCGAGCGGGCUCCAGUUAAUUAUACGGCGCCCAAGAUUAACAAGUUUAAUGAUCCGGAACUGCGGUACCACAAGGCGGGCGACGAGACCGACCCGCAGCUGCUGCGGCUCAUGCAGCAGACGGGACUGUCUGAGAUGCGCAUCAAGCGCCUUCGCGUCAAGAACCUUGUCCGACACCGUGUCGUGAACCAAACCCGCAUGGGUAAAGUUGCGAGCAUGUACUAUCUCAGCGUGGCCGGCAAUGGUGACGGUCUGUUGGGCAUUGGCGAGGGUAAAGCCCAGGAAGCGGAGGAUGCAAGGAAACAGGCUGAGAUGGCGGCGAUUCGCAACAUGCAGCCCAUUACCCGCUACGAGAGCCGUACCAUUUAUGGCGAGGUUGAGGGUAAAGUCAGUGCUACAGAGUUGAAACUCAUGGCUCGUCCUCCAGGCUUCGGACUCCGCUGCCAGCACCGCAUCUUCGAAAUGGCAAAGUGCGCAGGCAUCACCGAUCUCGCGGCCAAGGUGACCCGCUCGCGAAACCCCAUGAACACUGUCAAGGCCGCCUUUGAGGCGCUCAAGAGCCAGCGUCGACCGGAAGACAUUGCCCGCGCGCGGGGCAAGAAGUUUGUCGAUGUCCGCAAGGUGUACUAUGGUGGCCAGGUCUAA